CUAGCUGGCGGGUCUUGGUUUGCGGAAGGGGCUGGAGUCGCUGCUUCUUGGAGACCGGCACGUGGCCCGGCCAAUCGUGCCGCCGCCACCCACCCGCAACCGCGUCCGUUGACGGGCGGGUCCUUGGUCGCCGGGUCCUUGCGGAGCACCAGAGAGAGGGGUGGAGUCCUCAGUGCCGGGGAAUUCACCGCUCACCACCCCCUGCCCCGCUUUCGGUCCUGCUCGGGAACCAAACCACUGGAAGGCAGUGGCGGGAAAGGGGGGCCUGUGCCUGAGAGCUAAGGGAACAUGAGCCAUUUGCAGAGCUUAUUGUUAGACACCCUCUUGGGAACCAAGCAUGUGGACAGUGCAGCCCUCAUCAAAAUCCAGGAGCAGAGGCUGUGUGUAGCAUCACCAGGUUUUAAUGUAAUGCCCAGUGAUGUCCGAACACUGGUGAAUGGAUUUGCCAAGAACCCUUUGCAAGCCCGAAGAGAAGGAUUGUAUUUCAAGGAAAAAGAUUACAGAUGUGUCCGGGCAGAUGAAUAUUCUCUUUAUGCCAAAAAUGAGAACACUGGUGUGGUUGUCGUGAAGACCCAUCUGUAUCUUCUGGUGGCAACUUACACUGAGGGCAUGUAUCCUAGUAUCUGUGUGGAAGCCACACAGAGCCUGGGAGACUACCUAAGAAAAAAGGAAGUUAAGUUAUCAGAGGCCCAUGAAAGACACUUUUAUUAUUUUAGAAGAAAAUUGAAGAGCCUAAAGAAAAAAUAUUUUAUGGUUGAAAAAACACUAGAUAGAAGGCACUAAAAAAGAAGAAUGAAUUAAGGGAGCAAUUUUUAUUUCUUCAAGAGAUCUUCUUCUUUCACUGGAAUUACUUGAUCAACUGUUUUUUAAUAAGCGUUGGUCAUUGGCAUGGAAUGAGAGAGCACUGAUCAUUUCACAGAGCAUAUCUAUUGGGAGGCUCCUUUCUGUGAGGCCCUUGUACUCCUACACACCUUGCUAAGAAUGCCAAGAAUGCAAGGCUCUCACCACUCUAUCCAGGACAUUUCUCAGGGUUAGGUUGCAGCAAGCAACCUUGAAAAAUGAAGGGAUGUCUCCCAUCAGGACAAAGAGCAAGCUUGCUUACUGUUUGUUAUAAAAGCAGUGGAGUCCCUGAGCUCAGUGUUCUCCUCCUGUAAUACAACUCCCUGCAUGUGUGACAUCUAUCUGGCUCACAUCACCCCUGUGAGACUUGGGAGAAGGGAUUGCAAAGGCCAUUCAACAAUAAACCACUAGUCAAGGUAUUCAAUGGACAUUUCACACUCCCAUUUGCAGGUAUCUGGUAUCAUUUUGAACAUUAGAAAGGCCUUCUCAAAAAUCAACUCAAAAAGAUUUCUGACUCUAACCUUAACUUUCACUGCACACCUUAGUAAGGCAGUAUGGUCACUAAAUGCACCCUUCCCCAGAAAGAGUUCAUCUCCUCUUGGUCUCCUAGGUGAUAAUCUGGACCAUAAGGGUGGAGAGCUAUAGAACCUAUUUUGAAAACUGAAGAUUCUACACUGACUAUUGCUAAACAUGAUGCAUCUUUUUUUCCCUAACAGCAUCCUCAGGCCAGCCUGGUUGGUAUACCCUUCAGAUGUCCCUGGUGAGAGAACACCUUCGACUACUUGCCAAAAGACAGCCUAGGGAACUCAAAUUUAAUACUGGUUCAGCUAGAUUGGACUAACAUGGUCCUAUAUCAUGAUGAUAAUGACUACUUAGUUAAGUACACUGUUCUCUAGAUCCCUCUACAGGGUUCUACACAGGCCAAGAUAGGAUAUAAUGGUUCUCUUUAAUUUUGCAAAAAUGCCCCUGUCCCUCUUACAUCUGACUCUUCCAGACAAGAUGUCUGGAUGCAAGUAGGGCACGAUUGGAGAAAAAGUAUAGACAUGGCUACUGGGAUGGGACACACCAACUGCAUGGCCAUGGAGACCCUAGCACCUGGAGAGGGAACACAUUCCAUCUCAGGAGAUGGGGGAACAGGGGAGCCCUUUCAUGCUCUUUUUGUCCCCCAGAUUCAGCACCUCCUUGUGGCAAACCCUAACUUACUAGCCUUUGUAAAUCAAAUAAAAUCAAAUCUUAGGCCCUUUAUAGUUCCUGACAUGAUCAGGCAGUGAGGUACAGAAUUCAAAAUUCCAAAGAUGUGCCAUCUAGGGCAGGAUGGCUUUUGCUGGUAUUUACAAAAUUAUCUCAUUUUUAGGUCUGUAUAAUAGCCUUUCGCAGAGCUUACUUCCAACAUCAUUCCUUUUCUGAGCUUGGAUGCCAAGGACCACAGAUUUUUUUUUUUUUUUUUUUUUUGGUAGUCAACCUUGCCACUAGUCCAUUCAUCCAUUAUUUAGUCAGUAGUUUGAUUCUUUUGGGGGUUUUGUUGUUGUUAUUUGUUUUGAGACAGAGUUUUGCUUUUGUCGCCAAGGCUGGAGUGCAAUGGUGCAAUCUCCACUCACUGCAACCUCCACCUCCAGGGUUCAAGUAAAUCUCCUGCCUGAGCCUCCCAAGUAGCUGGGAUUACAGGCACCCACUACUACACCUGGCUAAUUUUUGUAUUUUUAGUAGAGACGGGGUUUUGCCAUGUUGGUCAGGCUGGCCUCGAACUCCUGAUCUCAGGUGAUCCACCCCCCUCGGCCUCCCAAAGUGGUGGGAUUACAGGUGUAAGCCACUGUGCCUGGCCUGUUUUUUGUUUUUAUUUUUGUUUUGAAACAGGGUCUCACUCCAUAACCCAGGCUGGAGCGCAGUGGUGUGAUCACAGUUAACUACAGCCUCAAUCUCUAAGCUCAAGCGAUGCUUCCACUUCAGCCUCCCGAGUAGCUAGGACUAUAGGCACAUGCCACCAUGUGCAGCUAAUUUUUAAAUUUUUUGUAAAGAUGGGGUCUCACCGUGUUACACAGGCUGGUUUAGAACUCCUGGGCUCAAGCCUCCUUCCACCUCGGCCUCCCAAAGUGCUGAGAUUACAAGAGAGAGACACUGCAUCUGGCCUUUGAUUCUUUUUGGAAAGAGAUAACAGUAAAUUUUAAAUUAACUUAUUUAGCAU